AUGGCGAAGCCGAUAGCUUCACAUAAGCAGGAGACAAGUCUCGAUGGUAGAACAGUGAUCGUUACCGGAGGCAAUUCCGGACUUGGAUGGGAGUUUGCUCGGCAAUGCUUGAUAUUAAACGCGACGCGUGUGAUUAUCACCACCCGAUCCGAGGACAAGGGGAUUAAGGCGAUCGCGGCUUUGCGUGCAGACCCUGCUGUUCAGCGCAAUAACCCUACUGGUCAAUUAGAAUUCUUUGAAUUGGAUCUUGACGACUACGAAUCUGGAAUUCGGUUCUCUCGAAGGGUUCAGGAAGAGGUGCCGGAGCUUGGUAUCCUUCUUUGCAAUGGUGGUACCAAUUCGUUUCGGUAUGAGAUUAGCAAAAGCGGCCAUGAGCGGAUCAUGCAAGUCAACUGUUAUACCCACUUUUUGAUUGUACUGUCCCUGCUCCCUCUUCUCAGGCAUACUGCACUCAAGCGAGGCUCACCUUCGAGAGUGACAUUUCUGAGCUCCUACAGCCAUAUUUCCCAUACACUCAAAAACAGCGCACUUGGCUCAGAUGAAAGCAUCCUUGGAUUCUACGAUAACAAGCAGAAUUUCAAGGGCCGUCGGCACUAUGCAAACAGUAAACUCGUGGUUAAUGCGUUUGCUCAGCGUCUAGGUAAUACUCUAGCACCGUUCGAGGUGAUCGUGAACACUGUUUGCCCCGGAGCGAUAAAAACAAAUCUUAAUAGGAGCUUGCCUUACUGGAUGGCACCGGUUAUGUAUAUUUAUUUGAAGCUGAAAGCUCGCACUCUACAUGAUGGUGGUCGAACUCUGAUUCAUGCUGUAGUCUGCGGUCCAGAGAGUCACGGCAAAUAUCUGCAGCUGGAGGAAAUCAAUAUGUGCGCUGUUUCUUUCAACGCUCGCAGUGGCGCUCCGUUCUUGACUGGCUUGACUGGAAAGGGCUACAUCGAGAAACUUUGGAAUGAGAUUCUCGAGGAUAUAAUCAAAGUUGAUCCAAAGCUAGAGGAAAUCUUUCUUUGA